AUGAUUUCCUGGUAAUAAACUAAAGAGAAGAGCAGCUAUAAUUGGAUCAAAACUUAUCACCGUCCCUCAACAACUUUAAGCUCAACUCAACAUACUUGAAACUCACAAAGAAAGGGAAGGUCUCUGGUCUGAGUAUCUGGGCGCUGUUUCUUUUGAGCAACUAUUUCAAGUCAUCUUCGACAAAACAUACCUCCAAUGGCGUCGUCUUCUUCAACAUAAUCAAUUAAGAAGAGCUAUCAGUAUGAUGUGUUUUUGAGUUUCCGUGGUGAAGACACGCGUAAGAACUUUGUGGAUCACCUUUAUGAGGCUCUUCACCGACACGGUAUUCACACUUUCAAGGACGACGAGAGACUCAAACAAGGAGAAGGCAUCAAUAACCAGCUUUUGAAAGCUAUUGAAAAUUCCAAGUUUUUCAUCAUAGUUUUCUCAAAGAAAUACGCAUCUUCGUCUUGGUGCUUAAACGAACUUGUAAAGAUUAUGGAAUGCCAAAAGUCGAACGACCAAAUUGCUUACCCUGUUUUUUAUGAUGUGGAUCCCUCUGAAGUUCGCAAACAACGUGGGCCGGUUGGAGAAGCCCUUGCCGAACAUACAAAUAAAGACAUUAGGAAAUGGAGAGAAGCUCUGACAGAAGCAGCCAAUCUGUCUGGGUGGGAUUUAGAGAAAACUGCUGAUGGGCACGAGGCCAAAGUCAUCAAGUUAAUUGUUCAGCAUAUUUCACUUGAGUUGCGGUCAAUCAAUGUGAACCUUGAUGAUAAAUUAGUAGGCAUGGAACCCCGGCUACAGGACCUUGAGGAGUCUUUAGAUAUAGCGUCCAACGAGGUUCGCAUGAUAGGGAUCAAAGGGAUGGGAGGUGCUGGUAAGACAACACUAGCCAGAGCGGUGUUUGAUAGAAUAUCGGUUCACUUUGAAGCUAAAAGCUUUGUUGAGAAUGUCAGAGAAGUUUCAAAGGCGUCAUUGUCCGGUUUGUUGUCACUGCAACAAAAGAUCCUUUCAGAACUGCUAAAUGGUCAAGGAAACAACGUAGGUAGUGUCCAUGAAGGGACAAAGAUGUUGAAAACAAAGCUGUGUAGUAAAAAGGUUCUUUUGGUUUUAGAUGAUGUGGAUCUUCAAGAGCAACUUGAGUCAUUAGCUGGUGACCUUAGUUGGUUCAAGCCUGGAAGUAGAAUUAUCAUUACAACAAGAGAUGAGCACGUGUUGACAGCACAUAGAGUGAAAUGGAUUCGUGAUGUCACUCUAUUAUCGGAUGAGGAAGCGAUUGGCCUCUUUUGUAAGCACGCAUUUGGGAAAGAUCUUCCAAUUCAAGAGUAUGAAAAGGAAUCACUACAAGUUGUACGAUAUGCUGCUGGCCUUCCCUUAACAAACAAAGUUUUGGGUUCAUUUUUGUGUGGUAAAGACAAGGAUGAAUGGAAAGACGCAUUAGAAAGACUCAAAAGAAUUCCGUUGAAAGAGACUCUUGACAAGUUGGAAUUAAGCUAUGAAAGUUUGGAGGAUGAUUACAAGGAAAUAUUCCUAGAUGUUGCAUGCAUAUUGAAGGGGUGGAAGAAAAACAAAGUAAUAAGUAUGCUUGAAAGUUGUGGAUUUCAGGCUAGAAUUGGUUUAAGAGUUCUUGAGCAGAGAUCUCUAAUAACUUUUCAUGAUUAUGGUUUGGGCCCUUUCUUGAGCAUGCAUGACCAUAUUGAAGAAAUGGGCAAGAAUAUCGUACGUCGUUUGCACCCAGAUGAGCCCAACAAACACAGCAGAUUAUGGAUUCAGGAAGAAAUUGAAAAUGUAUUGGAUACUGACUUGGGUUCUGAAUCGACAAGGUGUAUACGUCUAAAGCUCACCCCUAAUACUGUUUUGGAAAGUCUUGGAAACAUGAAGAAUCUAAGAUGCCUUAUUGUCGAUCAUAUUCAUAAUGUUCGUCGUCAUGACCUUGUGAAGAUUGAUGAAGUUGGUCAAUACUUUCCAAAUGCAUUACGAUACUUGAAUUGGCAAUAUUACCCUCAUGGGUGUUUACCCAAAACCUUUCAAGCAAAUAAUCUUGUUGAGCUUCACAUGCCUAACAGCAGAAUCGAACAACUUUGGGUGGGGGGAAAGGUUCUUAAGAAGCUCAAAUCCAUUACACUGUCCCGCUCAAAGUUGAAGACCCUUGACCUUGGGUUGACUCCGAAUCUUGUGAGGUUAGAUCUUCAACUUUGUGAUGCUUUGGUAGAACUUCAUGUGCCAGUUGGAUGUUUAAAAAGGCUUACGUACCUAAACCUUCGGUAUUGUACGAGGUUGAAAUCUGUUUUGUUUAUCAAGGAUUUAGAAUCACUUGAGGUUCUUAAUGUAAGCUUCUUACAUCUAAAGGAGUUCGAGGAUAUAAUCCCGAGCCACUCCAACAGUAAUCUGCAACAGCUUUAUUUCAGUGGCAAUGAUGUAGAAAACCUGCCUUCAUCAAUUGGAAAUCUUCAUAAGCUUGUUAAUCUAUCAUUCAGUUGGUGUGUAAAGCUCAAAAGUCUUCCGGGAAGCAUUUGUAGUUUACAACAUUUAAGAUUUCUUUCCCUUGAUGGUUGUGGGAUAGAGGAAUUGCCUGAGGACAUUGGCCAGUUGGAGUGUUUAGAAAAGCUAGAUUUAACAUGUUCAAAAAUUAAACAUCUCCCGGAUAGCAUUUGUAAGUUGAAACAUCUUAAAACUCUCAUUCUAGAUAGAUUCAUUGAAUAGACUAGAUCUAAGAUAUUGCAAGAUAAGAGAUAUUCCACCCACCAUCUGUAAGCUAAAGCAUCUCAAAUAUCUUAACCUUUCUAAUUGUUCUGAACUUGAGAAACUACCAGAGAACCUAGGAGAUUUAGAAAGUUUGAAUACACUAGAUCUAACAUCAACCAAGAUAAGAGAUGUUCCAUCCAGCAUCUGUAAGCUAAAGCAUCUCAAAUAUCUUCAGCUUUCUAAUUGUUCUGGACUUGAGAAACUACCGCAGAACCUAGGAGAAUUAGAAUGUUUGGAAUAUUUAUAUCUAGAUGAUACUCCUAUAAGUCAUCUUCCCGAUAGCAUUUCUUUGUUGAAAGAUCUUAAAAUUACUGGAUACGAAAGAAGGAUUGAUCCAGAUGCAAUUCUAUUUUAAGAACAACAUAUUACAUUUGCUCCCAAAAGGAGAAGGGCCAAUACUGAAGCAA